AUUUUAAUAUAUAUUUAUAAUUUAAAAAAUUAAAAAAUGUUUUUUCUCUCGAAAUUAUUUAUAAGAAUUUACUAGCACAGCAAACAUGAUAAAGAAGGAUCAUUAUUUAUUAUCGUUAGUAAAGUAUUUUUUUUGUUUUUUCUUUUUUUCAAAAUUAUUAUUAAUAAAAUAUACACUACUAUUUUGUCUUUGUAGUUUCAAUUAUUAUGUGAAUGGCAUUUUUAUAUGAUCCAAAUAUUAAUGACAAUGAUGAUAAUGUUAUUUUGUCACGACAUUCAAGUAAACCUAAUAUUAUCAUUGAGUACUCAGUGUCGUCACAGUCACCCAAUAACACUGACUAAAUUUUUUUUUUCUCUUGACAGCUGACAACCGUUGUUGCAUUCGCAAACAGACCCAAUAUCUGACUGACUAGUGACUGGAAACUGGAUUUGACUUGCUUGGCUCUGGGUCUGGUUCUGAUGUCCACGUGCAAUCAGUAUUUUUUUUCUAACCAAUAAAAUUUUCCAUCAAGUAGAUUUUAAAAUAAUUGUUAUUAAACAAUGGAAGAUACUCAAAUAAUUGGAUUUGGUGAUCCAAAUGAAGUCGACAGUGAUGAUGGCUAUAAUAAUGUACCAUUAAAAAAUAAAUCUAAAAAAGGUGGUGGUUUUCAAUGCAUGGGAUUGAGUGAUAAUGUUCUGAAAGGUAUCACUAAAAGAGGUUAUAAACUUCCCACGCCGAUUCAAAGAAAAACCAUUCCAUUGGCAUUAGAAGGACGAGAUGUAGUUGCCAUGGCGAGGACAGGUAGUGGAAAAACAGCCUGUUUCUUAAUUCCAAUGUUUGAAAAAUUAAAAACAAGACAAGCUAAAGUUGGUGCCAGGGCAUUGAUUUUAUCACCAACACGUGAAUUAGCAUUGCAAACGUUAAAAUUUAUAAAAGAACUUGCUAAAUAUACGGAUUUAAAAGCUUCUGUUGUAUUGGGUGGUGACAGUAUGGAGGAUCAGUUUGAAAGUAUUCACAGUAGUCCAGAUAUUAUUGUUGCAACACCUGGACGUUUUCUUCAUAUUUGCAUUGAGAUGGAUCUCAAGUUGGAUAAUAUUGAAUAUGUUGUAUACGACGAAGCUGAUAGAUUAUUUGAAAUGGGAUGGGGAGAACAAAUAAAUGAAAUAGCUAAUCGAUUACCGGAAUCACGUCAAACAUUACUUUUCUCAGCAACUCUUCCUAAAGUUUUAGUUGAGUUUGCAAAAGCUGGUCUUAGUGAUCCAGUUCUUAUACGUCUUGAUGUUGAGAGUAAAUUACCAAAUGAAUUGAAACUAUCGUUUAUAACUUGUAGACCCGAAGAAAAAUUAGCUGUUUUGUUAUGUUUACUUAAAUAUGUAAUUAAAAAAGAUUCACAGACAAUCGUAUUUGCUGCCACCAUGCAUCACGUUGAAUAUAUUCAUAUGAUAUUAGACCAUGCUAAUAUUACAAAUACUUUUAUUUACUCAAAUUUAGAUGCCACAGCACGUAAAAUAAAUGCUGCUAAAUUUCAAGCUAAAGUUGCUAAAGUUUUGGUUGUAACAGAUGUAGCAGCUCGAGGAAUUGAUAUUCCACAUUUAGAUAAUGUAAUCAAUUUUAAUUUUCCAGCCAAGAGUAAGCUUUUUGUACAUCGAGUUGGACGUUGUGCUCGAGCUGGACGAACUGGAACAGCAUACAACAUAGUUUCUAACGAUGAAUAUGCAUAUCUUUUGGAUUUACAUCUCUUCUUAGGUUCACCUUUUAACAUAGUGCCACAGCAAUCAACUGAAAAAAGUAUCGAAGGUGCUAUUGGUAAAUUGCCGCAAUCUAUGAUCGAGCAGGAACUCGCUGAAUUAAUUACUUGGCAUGAUAACAAUACUGAUCUUCAAAAUAUGCAAAAUGUAGCUAAAAAUGGUUAUCAGCAAUACAUUCGUUCAAGACCAGCAGCAUCAACGGCCAGUGUAAAAAGAGUUAAAGAGUUGGAUAUUGCAAAUGCUGGUGUACAUUCUGAAUUCGCGGACAUGGCACCAAAAAUUGAUGAUUUAUUGACACAAAUGAAAAGUUACAGACCACGAGGGACUGUAUUUGAAGUAUGCAAGAAGCCAUCUUCAACUGAUUACAAAGUAAUGAUAACAAAACGUGCAUUUCAUAAUGAUUUAAUAACAAAAUUUAAAUCAAAACAAGCUGAAAGAAAAGAAAAUACAUUAAAAAUUAUAAAUAGUACGAAACAAGAAUCAAAACUUGUGACAAGUACCAAUGAUGAAAUUAAUGAAGCAUUUAAAGAAGUUGUUAAACCCAAGAAAAGAAAAAUUGAUGAUUUAUACAGAGAACCCAAGAAAAAGAAACGAGGAGUUCGGGAUGAAGAAUUUUAUAUUCCUUAUUCCGCUCCAGAUAAACACACUGAAGACGGACUUGCUGUGAAUAAUUUUGCAACUUCAGCCGAGCGAGAACAAAUGGACUUGACUGGUGAUAAUGAAGACGCAUUUCGACAACAGAAACAAAUGAAAAAAUGGGAUAGAAAAAAGAAAAAAAUGGUUACCGUUAAUAAUACUUCAAAGGUGGGGAAAAUUCGUACGGAGUCAGGCGCCUGGAUCUCAGCUUCCUUUAAGUCAAAUCGUUAUCAACAAUGGAAAGAUAAAUCUAAAAUUGAUAGUCGAGAUAAUGAUGAUGAUGAUGAUGAAGAACCGGAGCAUAUGAAAAAAUUAAAAACAACUCCAAACACUCACUGGGCAAGACACAAUAGAAAAGUAAAAGAAAAAAUGAGGGUAAAAGAUGAAUUGAAGAGACCUGAACAAAUUAUGAAACAACGUAAAAUAAAAGAAAAGAAAAGAGAACGAGAGCAGCAACGCCGCGGUAAAGGUAAAGGCAAAGGAAGAAAAAAAGCUGGUAAAAGAUAAUUGAAUAUAUUUUAUUUGUAAUUAAUUUAUUAUAUUUAAAUAUAAUUAAAAUUAAAAUUCAAUAAACUAUUUACAUAUAAAUAAAUAACUCAUAAAAGCAUAAUUAAUUGACAAUUUUAAUUAGAUUUUAAAAAUACAAUC